UAAUCUAAUACAAAAUCGGUAGAACAGUGUCGUCUAGAUAGUACCGACCGAGCGUUUAAUCUUCGACAGUAAACAGUCAACGGGUGGGAAAAGUUAUAAGUUUACAAACAGAAAAGCGUAUAUACAUAGUUUAUGAAACGUUAAUUCAACUAUUUCAGAACAACAAAUUUAAAUUUUUCCUGAUGUAAAGUUUGAUUUAUUACAAUCAGAAUUAACCAUUGAAAACGAAAUAAUUCAUGAAAUCUUUUUUGUAAUGAGAUGAUUUUAUUAAAAAAGUUUCAAAUGAGUCGAGUAAUCAUGAGAGCUACUGUGAAAGCUUAACAGUUGACCUCUAAAAUUAUACAGUCAAAUCAGUACUAUUCAAAUUCAUUUAGUGAUCGGGUCAGUUCUUUCGACAUGAGAGCAUUUUGUGCGGUUCUCCUUUUGGUUGCAUCCUUCGACCCCGUAUGCUAUGGAUAUCAUAUUCUUGGAGUGUUUCACACCAUAUCGGAAAGCCAAUUUUUGGCUGGGUCGGCCUUGAUGAAGGAGUUGGCGGCAUGGGGCCAUCAGGUUACAGUGGUGUCACCUUUUCGUUUAGUCUCUCCUGUGAAGAAUUAUAAUGAGAUCGUUCUGGAGGGAGUGCUGGAGAAAGCACAAGAUUAUAAAAAUGGAUUUCGAGGCUUAAAGUCCAGCACCUUUGUAACCCUUCUACCAGAGUUUUAUGAAGCAGGAUAUAGAAUGACUGCAAACACUCUACAGCACCCGACAUUUCAAAAGCUUCUUGAAUCAGAGGCUACCUUUGAUUUGGUGGUCCUUGAUACCACUGCGAACGAAGCAAUGUUGGGUUUAGGUCAACAUUUUAACUCGCUUAUAGUUGGAUGCGACACCAGUGGCAUGAAAUUCCUAACCUACGACUAUAAAGCGCAGCCAGUAUCACUGGUCACUAAACAUUUGAGAGAGCCAAUCAUUGGAAGCGCCAGCUUUUAUAGUCGGUUGUCAAAUAUAUUCGCGUACGCUUGGGAAAUGCUCUACUUCAAUUAUAAAUAUCUCCCGCGACAAGAGGCUUUGUACAAGGAAUACUUCUCCGAAGCUGAAACACCGUUAGGUAACCUGCGAGACGUGUCUGUACUCAUCCUUAACCGAAAAUUGACAGAUAUUUACGAGCACUACCAGAAAAUCAUUGAAACUGAGGAUUCAAUAAAAGCCGCAUCGCAAAAGCAAACUAAUUUUCAAAAAAACAUGCAAGCAUUCUUAGACUCUUCAACUCAUGGAGUAAUCUACAUUUCCUUUGAAAUGACAAAUAGGAAUUUGUCCAAUGAAACGCUCAAGCGUAUAAUCACAGAUUUCAGCAAACGAAAAGAAAAUAUUGUCUGGAAAAGCAAUGAACGGGAAAGGUUUAGCUUUCCUAAUAACAUACUGGUUGCAACUGACAUAUCAGAAAGCAGUAUCAUCGCUCAUCCCAAGGUUAAACUUGUUAUAUGUGACGGCGAGAUGUCGACAAUUCUUAGAGCGGCAUAUAAUGGUGCUCCGAUAAUUGGUAUCACGCAAUUCUACGAUCAGUCUCAUAACUUAGCGCUUGCAAGGCGAGAAGGAGCUGCCAUCGAUCUCAACCUAAUGGACCUGGAAUUUACAGAUUUGAACAGCGUUGUGACAGAAGUUCUGAGUAAUUCUAUUUACACCGAUGCAGCGAAGGCUAUUUCCAAGCGCCUUCAGAAUCCACCACUUAGAAAAGUAGAAUCAACAGCGUCUUGGGCAGAAUUUCUUGCAAAAAAUAGAGGUUUUUCGUCGACUUCCAAAAUUUCCCAUCAAAGCUUUAUCGCGGAAAAUAACGCUGAUGUAGUUACGUGUUUAGUAGUGUUUUGUGCCGUCUGGAUAUACGGAAGUUAUCGGAUAACGAAGAAAUUGUUAACUAUGACUGUGUUGCUUUAUUUAAACUAUAAUGUAAAAGAGAAACAAUCAUAAUCUAAGGUGUAUCUAUCAAAUAAUAAAGCCUUUUGUAUUAUACUGAG